UAAAACAAAGCAAUAGAGGAGUCGAGUCAACAGCGUCAACAUUCAAGAAAUCAGUUGCAUUGGAAACGUUGAAGUGCUCGCAAUGAAUAUCUGGAAGGCUAAAGUGUUAACCGAGGUGCCGUUUGGGCAUGUUCUCAUUGCUGGCGGCAAAGUCAAGCCGCAUCCGAAUAAAAUCUCUUUGGACUUGACGGACAAUGUGAAUGAGCAGAAUGAGAGCGAAACGGUGUUUCUCAAAAUCGAGGCGAACUUUCGCGAGGGUCAAAUCAUACGCAGCAUGUUUCAGCCCGGCGAGGGCUGGAAACAGGAAGAGAUCUCCAAGAACUGGAAAUGCGAUGGACCCAAAAAUCCACUAGUGCCUGGACAAUGCUUUACCUUUCGCGUGGCCGUGCUGCAGCGCUGCUUUGAGAUCUAUGUGAACGAUCAGCUGUAUGGCAGCUUUGAGUUUAUCAAAUUUCCCAAGCAAAUCAACUAUGUGCGCGUCUAUGGGGAUUUCGAAAAAAUAACGCAGUUCCAUCAUCGCAUGCUGUUCCCUUUGGUCUUUCCACGCAGCCUGCUCUGCGCGGAUCGCGUGGCCUUCCAAAGCGAUGUGCCCAGGCGCUAUGAGAGCGGCACUGUCGUGGCCAUGGAGUGCAUUGCCAAGGGUCCGCCCAGCACAGAGUUUAGCAUUUGCUUUCAAUGCAACGAUACGGGACGCACGGUGCUCAAGUUUAGUGUCAACUUUGACAAGACUACGGUGUCGCGUAGCUAUCAGCGUGAGGACCACAGCUAUGCCACUGAUGACGAGGAAACUGAGGGUGAAUUUCCCUUUGUGCGUGGCAAACUAUUCAAAAUUGCCUUUGGCAUUGGGGAUCGUUCGUUUUUGAUUGCCGUCAAUGGUCAAUACUUUACCUACUAUAAUUUCCCCUUGCGUCCCUUCUCCAUAUCCACACUCAAAUGCUUUACCAACGAUGUGGGCGAUUUUGCCGUACGCAGUCUAGAGUAUCACUCCGAUUCGCCGCUCCUAUCGCGUGUCGAGAAGCUCUCCAUCAUUUAAAGCCUGUUUAGUAGUGCCUUAGCGACUCACACACACAACACACACUCACACACACAGACACUUGAGCACCCGUUAACUACGCGUAGUCAAAUAAACUUUUAUCACAAGU